GUCAACGCAACGGCUCCUAGUGCGAGCGGCAACAAAACAACCUAAAACCCCGCCUCUCUUCUCCUCCGCGAAAAACCCUAAUUUGAUCUGCUCCCACAUCUUCCCGCUAAAUUCAGGCGAAUCUUCCUGCCGGUUUCUUUCCUCACAAUCAAAGAAGGGAAGUGAUGCUCCGGAGAAACGUACGGCUGCGGAGAGAGUACUUGUACCGGAAGAACUUGGAGGGCAAAGAGCGGUUGCUCUACGAGAAGAAGCGAAAGAUCAAGCAAGCCCUUGAAGAGGGAAAGGCGAUCCCAACUGAGCUGAGGAACGAGGAGGCCGCUCUUCGGCAAGAGAUUGACCUCGAGGAUGAGAACACUGCUGUCCCGAGAACACACAUUGAUGAUGAGUAUGCACAUGCCAUGGAGAGAGAUCCAAAAAUAUUGCUCACUACAUCGAGGGAUCCUAGUGCUCCUCUUAAACAGUUUAUAAAGGAACUGACAAUUGUAUUCCCUAAUGCACAGCGUAUGAAUCGUGGCGGUCAGGUUAUAUCCGAAAUUAUUGAAACUUGCCGAGCACAUGACUUCACUGAUGUGAUCUUGGUUCAUGAACAUCGCGGUGUGCCGGAUGGUUUGAUAAUAAGCCAUCUACCUUUUGGUCCAACUGCAUAUUUUGGAUUACUCAAUGUGGUUACAAGGCAUGAUAUUAAGGACAAAAAGGCGAUUGGCACUAUGCCCGAGGCCUAUCCUCAUUUGAUUCUUAACAACUUCUCGACCAAGUUGGGACAAAGAGCGGCCAAUAUUUUAAAGCAUCUCUUUCCAGUGCCUAAGCCUGAUACCAAACGCAUUGUUACUUUUGCUAAUCAGUCAGAUUACAUUUCCUUCAGGCAUCAUCUUUAUGAGAAGCAUGGCGGUCCCAAAGGUGUCGAGCUUAAGGAAAUAGGCCCUCGGUUUGAAUUACGCCUAUAUCAGGUAAAGUUGGGCACAGUGGAUCAGACUGAAGCUCAAAUUGAAUGGGUCAUCAGGCCAUAUAUGAACACAUCAAGUAAAAGGAAGUUCAUUGGAGACUGAUGGGUAUGGCAAAUGUUUCGAUGCAUUUGUCUCUUAGAAAUUCCCCUGGAUAGCUCGUGACCAUCUUCAACCCUGGAUGCUCUGCCUAUGAGAAGAAUGUGGUGGAAUGUGCACUCCGGAGUCCUCUUUGUUUCUCCUUUGCUCAUUAAAUGCUUUCUAGGGCCCCGAGAACGUAACCACUGGUGUUGUAAUUCAAAUUUCCUUUACUAGAACUGAGAGUUUGUAGUAUGUUCCUGUUAUAUAUAGGAGGGCUACUUGGGCUUUUCGUUCUUGUUUGGACUAUCAUUAACGUAGCAUCCUACUUUCUACAUUACAUUGAGAUGAAUUUCUUUCUCCAUCUAAAGGUGAGAUAUCGCCCCUCAGGCAAGACAGAUUUCCUCUCCUCUAUCACAUGAUGGUGGGAUUCCGCUGCAUGGGCAAUUUGUGAAAAGGUCAAUAUAAAAUUGUUCCCU